CUCCCGCCUCUUUCGGGUGCGAGACCCUCCGCCCGCCUCCCCAGCUCUCCACCUGCGCGCCUUCCCUCCCCGCCCCGUCCCCUCCACGGGCUCUGCGCCGGCGCGGUGCCCGCCGGGGCUCGAGGGGGAGCCCGCGAGGCGCAUGCGCCGUGCGGGGACCGCCGCCGCUCUGGUGUCGCUGCCGCCGCCGUUGCAGCCGUUACCGCCUCCCUGCUGGCAAGUGUGGGAAGGAGGAGCUGAGGGCCACCGCCGCCGUUGCCGCCAUGGGGAGGAAGUCCAGCAAAGCAAAGGAGAAGAAACAGAAGCGGUUGGAGGAGCGAGCAGCCAUGGAUGCUGUCUGUGCCAAAGUGGAUGCCGCCAACAGGCUUGGAGACCCAUUAGAGGCUUUCCCAGUGUUCAAGAAAUAUGAUCGGAAUGGGUUAAAUGUCUCCAUUGAAUGUAAGCGAGUGUCUGGCCUGGAGCCGGCCACCGUGGAUUGGGCCUUCGACCUGACCAAGACCAAUAUGCAGACCAUGUAUGAGCAGAGCGAGUGGGGCUGGAAGGACAGAGAGAAACGCGAGGAGAUGACGGAUGACCGAGCCUGGUACCUCAUCGCUUGGGAAAACAGUUCGGUUCCCGUAGCCUUUUCUCACUUCCGGUUUGACGUGGAGUGCGGGGAUGAAGUCCUGUACUGCUACGAAGUGCAGCUGGAGAGCAAGGUGCGGCGGAAAGGCCUGGGGAAGUUCCUCAUACAGAUCCUGCAGCUCAUGGCCAACAGCACACAGAUGAAGAAAGUUAUGUUAACGGUAUUUAAGCACAAUCAUGGUGCCUACCAGUUCUUCAGAGAAGCGCUGCAAUUUGAAAUCGACGACUCUUCCCCAAGCAUGUCCGGUUGCUGUGGGGAGGACUGCUCCUAUGAGAUCCUGAGCCGGAGGACCAAGUUUGGGGACAGCCAGCACUCCCAUUCGGGCGGGCACUGUGGUGGCUGCUGCCACUGAGCUCCCAAGCUCUCUCCAAGGCCUGUUCUCUCCCCGGUUUCAAGCCGCUUGCCAGGUGCCCUCAGAGCUGUGGCCUCCUCUGCCCCAGCCCUGGGGAGGAGUGGUCCGCGCCGCCCCUCCUGCUCUCUCCUAGAAGAGCGGGGUGCCGGAGGGAGCAGAGAGGAGAGGAUGCUGCCGGAAGAGCCGGCGGAGGCCGGGGCACGAGGCGCAUGCUCUCACGGUGGCUGCCUUCUCACUCGGCUCUCGGCCCUGAGCGUGGGUUCUCCGACUUCCCUACAGCUGGAUUCCUGACAAGCCCCCCUCCCCGCCACACACACUGCCGGCCAAAUGGAGUGUUUAUUCCCACCUUCAUGGAAGUCCUGGAGCCCUGGGUCAGGGUCUGGCUGGUUCCCAAAGAGGAAUGGGCUCGGUGUAAGAUGUGGGCAUAGAGAGAGUCUUCAGAGAGACUCCUGUUUCAUGGAUGGGACGCUCCAGUGGAGACCUCAGGAAGGUCUUUUGUGCCACGACACAGGGAGUCGAGGGAGCUCUUUCUGGCUGUGCCUUCGUGGAUCCAUUUAGAGUGGAGUCAUCCCAGGGGACCAGCCGACUCUGGGAGAAAGGCUGCCCCCCUCUCCCCAUUGCUGUCAGUCAGGGGCCGAGAGGACCAGGAACAGGUGUGAAUGGGGUCUGCUAUGGGGACUGUGGCUUCUCCGGGCUUUGGGACCUGGCUGCACCCUGAGCUUAACCUCUUGAUCUCAUGGCAGUGACUCAAGAUUUUUAUUCACAGAAAAGAGCUGAAGCCCUGCCUGCUCUUCUCCGUCACCUCUCACCACUGUUUCUUCCCCUGCCUCUCACCCCACUCGAUACCCCUGUUCUUAUUCUCAAGGGGGAAUAACAUCAGGGAGCCCCUUGUCUUCCCCCAGAAGGCCCCUUGCUCCUGCCGUAUUUAGUGCCGUUUUCUCUCAUAUCUUGGUGCUGUUAGCUCUCUGAAGGUGGGUACCCCCCACCGCCACUCCCCCCUUUGGAGAGCCCCCAGCCAGCAGCAGCCCCUUCCUGCACUCCCCAGCCUGGCCGGACGCUGCUCUUCUCUCUGGUGUCACCUGCGGCGGGCGGGGGGCAGGCGGGGGCGGGAGAAGCUUCCUCUCCCCUCCUGGGAUAGAGAGGGCGCAGGGUCAGAGCUUAGACUUGCCCUCAUCCCCAGACCGUAUACCCUUCCAGGGAAGAAAAUGACCAAAUCCUUAUCCAGGAAGAAGCACCUACCGCCUCCCCUUGGUCAACCUUGAGCUCUGCCUUAGGGAGCGUCUCAAAGGCUCUGCCUUUGCGAGGUUGUUCCGGAGGAGGUCUGUCAGUCCUUCCGACCUCGGUCUGCUCGCUCCCCACCCUCUGCCCUGACUCAGGCUGCCUGUGCCGGCCAUCUCCCCGAUCUCCUCUCCCCGGAGCUGUUCUCGCCUCUCCCCCAGGGUCCUGCCUGUGCCGGGCCUGUGCGCACAGCCUCUCCACUGAGUGCUCCGUGUUGCUCUUGACCUGCCAGCAGUGGACGUGGCACUCCCUCGGAGAGGGCCUUGCAGCUUUACACUGGAAUAAGCCCACCUUUGCCCCUACCCUGCUGACUCCCAGGAGAUUUUACCUAAGGGGGAGAGUUUUCAUUGCUGGAAGGGCAUUGGAGGGCUCCUUCCAAGAAUCAUGGAAUGACGGAAUCAUAUUUAGGAAGAGCUUUUCCUCUGAUCCCUGCUGUCUGUCAAAGGACAGAGAAUGAUAAAUAUUUAUUGUCUUAGAUCAUGGAUUUCUGAUACCUCCCACCCAAGGGGACCAAAAGGGACCCCAGCGUAAAUCCCACAUAAAGGGAGUUAAGUGUGCGUGUCUCCCCUCAUUGGACACCUGGCACCGAGCCCCAUUGGUAGAUGGGCACUUGGUGUUGGGCCCUGCUUGUCCAGCCGCCUGUGCCACUUCCCAAGGGCUGCUGGGGGCUCUGGCUGGGUGGGGAGGCGCUGCCUGAGACCCGCAGGUCACCCUGUUGGUGUUGAGCCCAUUCAGUUCUCAACCAUCAGUCUCUCCAUUUCCCCAAGGUCUUGGUUUUAAGAAACAUAGCAGGCCUUUUGUACCAGGCUUUUUGGUUUGUUUGGGGCAUGUUAAAAUAUUAAUUUUGAGAUUUGUUUUUUAGUUGUAUCCACCCUAUUUCAGGUUAUUUUCAUUGAUGUCAGAUGUGUAUAUGACACGUGUAUGGUUCUUUUUAACCCUUCCUGGUGUUUUUUUUUUUUUUUUUUUUUUUUAGAGGAAACUGAAGAUAAACUUCUUGAUAUAUAUAUAUAUAUUUUUUUUUUUUUUUUUCUUUAGAAACUUGUUAUCACUGGAAUCAAAGGGAAAAAGUGAUCUCUUUUUGCAUUGGUUGUAUUUGUAUGUCACAAAUAAAAGACACUUUGUUCAGCUGCUGGGAUGGCUUCCUGCUGCUGGGGUGCCAUUGGCAGCGUGGGCUCAGACCA